AUGGAUCAACUGAGUGGCUUUCGUGUAGCAAACGUGCUAUACAAGAAGAGUUUGUUGAAUGCCAUCGCUUGUGCAGCUGCGCUUUCAAUCUUCUUCUUUGGUUAUGACCAGGGUAUGAUGGGAGGUGUCAACACCUCAGCCGACUAUGCCCAGUUGAUGGGAUUCGGUCAUGUCGACGAAGCAAGCGGUAGAGUUAUUGUCGACGACUCGUUACUACAAGGCGGCAUCGUUGCUGUAUACUAUCUCGGAACACUCUUUGGAGCCUUCCUCGGUGGCUGGGUAGGAGACAAGACUGGUCGUAUUCGCACAAUUGCACUCGGUUCAAUCUGGGCGAUCUUGGGAGCUGCUCUUCAAUGCUCGGCUCAGAACCAUGUCUGGAUGAUUUGUGCUCGUACGGUCAACGGUAUUGGUACUGGUAUUCUGAACGCCAUUGUGCCUGUCUGGGCUACUGAGACUGCUGAACACACUUCUCGUGGUCAAUUCAUUGCCAUUGAGUUCACACUCAACAUUUUCGGUGUUGCUGUGGCUUACUGGCUAGAGUUUGGUCUGUCCUUCAUCGAUGGAGGUCGUGGAGCUUUCCAAUGGCGUUUCCCCAUUGCUUUCCAAAUCAUUCCUCUACUUAUGCUCUUCGGCGUCAUCUGGUUCUUCCCCGAAUCCCCUCGCUGGCUCUGUAAGGUCGGUCGCGAUAAGGAAGCAAGACACAUUCUCGCCCGUCUUCGUGGUGACGAAGGAACGGACAGGAUCAGAGCCGAGGCUGAGUUCCAAGACAUUAUCAACAUCGUACAACUGGAGAGAAGCACCUCGAAGCAAAACACAUACUGGAAGAUGUUGCUCGACUUUGGCAAAGGAAGCUCGGGAAGUCUCCAUACUGGCCGCAGAGUCCAAAUAGUCAUCUGGCUUCAGAUUCUCCAGGAGUGGUGUGGUAUUGCUGGCAUCACUGUUUAUGCGCCUACUAUCUUUGGCAUCGCUGGAUAUGAUGCUCAGAAGAGUGGCUGGCUUUCUGGUUUGAACGAUACAACAUAUAUGCUCGCUACACUGGUCUGUGUCUUCACACUCGACAGGAUCGGCAGAAGAUGGACACUCUACUGGGGUGCGAUCGCCCAAGCCAUCUCUAUGUUCCUCAUUGGAGGCAUGUCUCGUGGAGGUAUCAAUGCGACUGCCAGUGGAAACACUGCACUCGCGGCCCGCUAUGGAGCCGCAGCAGCCAGUUUCACCUUCAUCUACACGGCCGUCUUCGGUGCAACAUGGCUGACUGUACCGUGGCUGAUUCCUGCUGAGAUCUUUCCUCUCGAAGUGCGCGCCAAGGGCAACGCUUGGGGCGUCGUGGGCUGGUCGAUCGGCAAUGGAUGGCUUACACUACUCUGCCCGGUCAUGUUCAAUGCCAUAGGCGAGAAAACGUUUUACAUCUUCGCUAUAUCUAACGUUAUAUCGAUCCCUCUGGUGUAUAUCUUCUUGCCGGAAACCAACCAACGCACUCUAGAGGAAGUCAACAUACUUUUCUCGGCAUCUUCGCCUUUUGCAUGGUCUGCAGAGAAGCACUUCGCAGAGUUUCAGGCUGGCAAUCCAACAUAUGUAUCUGGCAGCCGUGGAAACUCGAUCACUGAUCCCGAGACGGGUAUGCGUGGUGGGAAAAUGAGAGAGUCUGCCGAUAUGGUGGAGACGAUGAAGGAGAAGGAAGAUAUUUGA